CCGCCCAAAUCUUACGAAACUCUUAACUAGUAAUUGGUUUCUUGUUCCUCCGAUCAAAUUAGGAAUAAAGACCGAGGUUCUGUAAUGAAUACUCAACCGACUAAUCCCAAGAGAGAAUGGUCCUUGAAAGAUUUCGAAAUCGGAAAACCCCUCGGCAGAGGCAAGUUCGGUCGAGUCUACCUCGCCAGAGAAGUCCAGAGCAAAUACAUAGUGGCGUUGAAGAUAAUAUUCAAGGAGCAGAUAGAGAAGUAUAGGAUUCAUCAUCAGCUAAGGAGGGAGAUGGAGAUUCAGACCAGUCUCCACCACCCGAACGUACUGCGUCUUUACGGUUGGUUUCAUGACAGUGAGCGCAUUUUCUUGAUUCUUGAAUAUGCCCACCGCGGUGAGCUUUAUAGAGAGCUCAGGAAAAAUGGUUAUCUCAGUGAAAACCAAGCGGCCACGUACAUUGCUAGUCUUACUCGUGCAUUGGCAUAUUGCCACGAGAAGCAUGUAAUUCACAGGGAUAUCAAGCCAGAGAAUUUGUUGCUUGAUCAUAAGGGUAGAUUGAAAAUUGCCGACUUUGGUUGGUCUGUACAGUCAAGGAGCAAGAGGCACACAAUGUGUGGAACUCUGGAUUAUUUAGCACCAGAAAUGAUAGAAAAUAAAGCUCAUGAUUAUGCAGUUGAUAACUGGACUCUCGGUGUAUUGUGUUAUGAGUUCCUCUAUGGUUUCCCUCCGUUUGAGGCUGAGAGUCAAGGUGACACAUUCAGAAGAAUCAUGAAAGUUGACCUAAGCUUUCCUCCAACUCCAAUUGUUUCUGCAGAAGCCAAAAGUCUCAUUAGUCGGCUUCUGGUAAAAGACUCCUCCAAGAGACUGUCUCUUCAGAAGAUCAUUGAGCAUCCUUGGAUUGUUAAGAAUGCAGAUCCUUACAAUCAGGAAGACAUGGUUCCCGAGCCCGUUUCGCAGGAGGACGACGAAGGGGAUGCCUAGAGACUCUGUAGUCAUACGCAUAGUUUAUUUUCGAGUUUUCUUUCUUAGUUAGUUU